AUGCCGACCAUUUCUGCCGCUAGCUGGAAGGAUCAGUUCAAGCUCAUCAAGAAGAGCAUCCCCGAGGGAGCUGACAGUCGCCGCACGGCAACACAAGAGGUCGAUCUUCAGUACGCCGUGCGGACGACGUUCAAAAGGCUUAUAAAGGCAGAAAACGGUAUGUGGCGACACACCAGAAUGCGCAAUACCUUGUACAGCUACCAGAUCACUGCGACGGCCUGGAUGCUGGACAGAGAGCGCAGCCAGGUAGCGCCGUCUGGUGGGCUGCUUGGUGAUGUGAUGGGUCUUGGGAAGACAGUCAUGACCCUUACUUGCAUGGCUUCGAAUCCGCCGUCGAAGUCGGAUAGCAAAGAGUUCUGGCGCGCAACACUCGUUGUCGUUCCAAACCAAGCGACGGCCAUGCAGUGGAAGACUGAGGUGGAAACGCACAUGAAGAAGCCUGGUUCAAUCAUGGUUUACAACUCCAAGGAAACUAUCCCAAACAGAGAAAUGAAGAAGAAAAGAGUCAUCAUCACCACCUACAACGAGCUCCGCGCCCAGUACCCGAAAGCCGGCACAAUCAAGGAUAUCGAGAAGCGCUAUGCAAGUAAUGAGAGGGCUCUGAACAGGGAGCUCGAAAGAAAGAAAGGAAUCAUGUUCCAGGUGAACUGGUAUCGCAUCGUUUUGGAUGAGGCUCACGCCAUCAAAAACCUCGCGAGUCGAAGCACGACAGUGUGCUGUGCGCUGAAGGGCAAGCAUCGGUGGGCUCUGAGCGGCACUCCACUCUCAAACUCCGUUGAAGAAUUUUAUCCUUAUUUGAAGUUUCUUCGCUGUCACUUCACGGAAAGUCUGGUCUCUUUCAAAAAGACGUACAUGAAAGGGGACGGAUCGAACGACAAUUUUGAGGCCCUGGUCUCGAUGAUCAUGUAUCGCCGAACUUUGAAGGACACAUUUUUAGGUCACCAACUUCUCGAUCUCCCAAAAAGCAACAUCUGUGACAUCUGGGUUCCGCUAUCAAAGCAAGAGAUGAUUCUCGCACGUGAAAUUGUCGAGUACUUCGACCAGAAGAUACGCGCAAUUCAAGCUGCACGACGGAAAGUCAAGAGAAAGCGGGACUUGCCAGAGGAUCGCGAACAGGCCAAUGAAGAAGCCCUUUGGCAAUAUGCCAAGUUCACACGAUUGAGACAAGCAGCCUCUCACGCGUUCAAUUUGGACAGAUUCCUUCGUGAGAAGGUCACGCUGUCCACAAUACAACGCCUGAAACAAGGUUUGUCUACGCUUGGUAGAGAGGUAUCCAUCUUAACGCAACUGUUGACAACCGGCGGCGACACUCGCUGCCUCUCGGGGUACGAGAAAGGGAUUGAUCUUCUUCAAAGCUUACCCGAAGCGGUAUUCGGGGGCAUUUUUGACUGGCAUGGCCUACUUGACCUGAUUGAGAGCGAACAGAGUGUGAAGCACAUCACCUGUUCGCGCUGCAAGCUCCAGACGCCCCCGAUUCGUCCCGUACAGCUGGAGUUGGUAAGUGUCAUUGCGCACGUCUGGAGAAGCACCAGGAAGGAUGUUAACAUGAGUCAAUAUGCAGUGCCGACAUUGCUACUGCGCAGAAUGCUACAUUGUCGCGUUGCAAGAAAGCGCAGCGAUCAACCGACGUCAGGUUCGAGAGAGCCAGGCAUCCUUGGCUAUUUCUACCACCAGCCAGCAAGGUGGAGGAACAUGCAAUGA